UUUCUUUACAGUCUUUUAUUUUUCUUUCGCUACGCAUUACUCGUUUUACCUGAGCACAGCGACGCGCGGUCAGUUGUAGGCGGUCGUGUUGAGUAGGGUAGGCAGUACACACAGCAAGAAGAGGACAAUGAAAAAAAGCAACAAAAUAGUAACCGACCGAUGGUGCGCCAAACGUCGUUAUAGUGGGGAAAGGAGUAUAGUAGUUGUAGUAGUAAUCACCGCAGUUACCGACGACCACGGGCAGCUGUAACACUACCGCCGUAGACGGUUUUGUAAUCCAAAGAAGAAAACAGUAUCGGUCCGCGCGGCAGCUAGUCGUCACCAGCACGAUAUUCGGGAAAUCGCACUGACCUUCGGAGGAAAAUUUACGGAGGUAAGAGAUAUUUUCACAAUAUUUAUCGAACACGCGUAGCCCGGAAAAUCGAUUUUGGAAUCGACGGGUUUACCCCCUCUCUGUAUUGCAGACUCCCCUCCCGUCGUUAUCACCCCACCCUAUCAUAACUUCAACCCCCUUCCUCUAGGCGCAACCACUGGAACCCUUAACAAUGAACUCGCCGGUCACCCAUCACCGCAGCCUUCAGCAGCAACACAAGGACAACCCCAAAGAGGACACAAUGGGACAACUGUUGCAAAGGUCGUUGCAAAACGUAGCUUUAUCUUUACAAACGACUUUUGUUUCGUCCCUACAACAAGCUGCUCUUCUACCACCCGAUUCGCCCGUAGCUGCUGCGCUCAAUCUUCAAGCACUCGAAUCGUAUUUAACCCUACAGCGAUUGACGGCUGUACCUCGUCAACAGUCGGUCGACGAUCGCAAUUCGGCAAGUGCCAGUGUAGUGGUAGUCGAAGAAGUCGAUGAUGAAGACGAUUACGCUGACGAUAUUAACGACAUCGAAGAAAAUGAGAGCGAUCAUCACGCGACCAAAAUCAAAUGUGGCAGACUGCCCGCGUUUUCUAAAGAGCUCUCUGGUCUAUCGCCUAGAGCCAAUAGGCUAUCCGCUUCGCUUGUUAGUGUGUCGCCUACUGCGAAUGCAACUUUAAUUUCAUCAAUCGAUGACGAGUCCGUCGACGAACCAGCCAUCCAACUACCGUCGCCGGAAAACGGACAGCAAAUGUCAAGACCUAAAAAACAAUUUAUAUGCCGUUUCUGCAACCGACACUUCACUAAAUCAUACAAUCUGCUGAUACACGAACGUACGCAUACGGAUGAACGACCUUAUGCAUGUGAUAUAUGUAAAAAGGCUUUCAGAAGACAAGAUCACCUAAGAGAUCACAGGUACAUACACUCGAAAGAAAAGCCAUUUAAAUGUUUGGAAUGUGGCAAAGGCUUCUGCCAGUCUCGCACGUUGGCCGUUCAUAAAAUUCUUCACUUAGAGGAAUCGCCACACAAGUGUCCAGUGUGCAGUCGCAGUUUCAAUCAGCGGUCUAACCUAAAGACUCAUCUGCUAACCCACACUGACAUCAAACCAUACAACUGCCCCACUUGUAGUAAAGUUUUCCGUCGUAAUUGCGAUCUCAGGCGUCACAGCCUUACCCAUAACCUUUCAUCAUCAAUACUGCUAAAUGAACAACCCAGCGUGGCUACCCUACGGAUUGCUGCAGAUAAUAACAAUAAACAACUAUGAUCAAAUGAUCUCAAACUUCAACCCAACUCAUUGUUUGUUACGAUGGUUAAAAAUUAUCAUUGAGGCGGCCACUUUUAAACGAGUUCACGGUUGAACCGCAAGUCGUUUCUGAUCAAUUAUAAUUUAAAUAUCGCUCUUGGAACCCAAAAUUUGUUUUUUCUAAUAAUUUAUUUAUUAAUGGGCGUCGAUAAAAGUAUAUGGUUGUAUAAAUAACCGAGAUUAUCAAUAAUUAAUUACUAAACAUUGUUUUAGAUUUAAAUUACUUUUGUACAUUUUAUGUUAUAUUUUAAACUGUAUUUGUUAUAAACAAUUCCUAUAAUAAUAAUUUAUAAGUUUUGUAAAAAUAAAUGUCUCAUCAAUUGAUA